AUGAGCAGAGGUUUGUUUCAAAUUAAUGGGCAAUCUGCGGCAGGCAUUGAUGGCCCAGUGGGCACCCACGAGGCAUGGCAGACAAUUGGUGUGGGAUUACGGCUGCUGAUGGACGGUGAUGGCAGCACUGUUGUGCGGCGAUACCUUGGCCUUGAACAGAAGCGCGAGGCAUUAUAUGGAAUGUGUGUGUCAGAUGGGCGGCCAACACAUCCAUUUCACCAAUCUCUCACAGGACAGAAGUUGCCCGCCUCUCUGCAAUCCGCGCCUGAUGUGAUGGUGAAGACGUGUAAACAAGUCUACCUUCAAAAUGGGGACACAUGCAUCCCUGAUCGCUUUGUGAUCAUUCAAAACCCCUGUAACCCAAUUCAAACAUAUGUCGCCAGCGUCCAGGAGAUCAUUCAAAUUCAUGGAUCACCGGCCGAGUUGGUUGGUAGACCCGAUGGACUCCUUGUACAGUCUGUUGCAAGUCCGGGUCCCACAAUUCAUUAUGCCAUGCCCUGCCUGAGACUGACUAAUGAAUGGGGUCUGGUUUGCCUCAAGGUAUCGCACAAUGAGCCUGGGGACCUCAUGCUCAACACUGCUCAGAUGUGUGCGUCUGUUCAUGUGCAGAGGUUCCGCAUCCCCUCACAAGACCUCGAUGUGGCGCGUAUCAUCACUGAAAGUGCUGCACGAGAGGUCCAGUUCCAGCAGGCCAAAAAGAUGUGGAAACUUUCAAGAAGGCCAUUGAGGGCCUAG